GCCAGGCGCCCGGGAUGCCGCCGCCGCUGCCACCGUGGGACGGGUUCGGGUCAGGGUCAGGCUCCGAGGGCGCGGGGAGCAGGGAGGCCUGGGGAGCGGUGGCUGCAGCGGGAGGGCACUGAGCGCCCGCCCGCCAUGUCCAGGAAGAAGACCCUCAAGAGCAAGGGGGCCAGCGCUCCUGCUGCCUCCGCGAUUCCCGCCUCCAACGAGCCCCGGCCGGCUCGCCCCGGGACUGCGCGCCCUGGCCCCCAGGUGCCGCCCAACGGGCUCCUGCAGCCCGGCCGGCCAUCGCUAGGAGGCGGCGGCGACUUCUACGAUGUCGCCUUCAAGGUUAUGCUGGUGGGGGACUCCGGUGUGGGGAAGACCUGCUUGCUUGUGCGCUUCAAGGAUGGGGCUUUCCUGGCGGGGACCUUUAUCUCCACUGUGGGCAUCGACUUCCGGAACAAAGUUCUGGACGUGGAUGGCAUGAAGGUGAAGUUGCAGAUCUGGGACACAGCUGGCCAGGAGCGGUUCCGCAGUGUUACCCACGCCUACUAUCGAGAUGCUCAUGCACUGCUGCUGCUCUAUGAUGUCACCAACAAGGCCUCCUUUGACAACAUCCAGGCCUGGCUGACGGAAAUCCAGGAGUAUGCCCAGCACGACGUGGUGCUUAUGCUGCUAGGGAACAAGGUGGACUCUACCCAGGAGCGUGUGGUGAAGAGGGAGGAUGGGGAGAAGCUGGCCAAGGUGAGUUGGGGCAAGGUGGGUGGCCAGGGGGUGCCCCUCUGGGGCCGUAGAGCCUGGGCUGUCCCCAUGAGGCUGCCACCCUGCUGGCAGCAGCUGUUUGCAGGAAUAUGGGCUACCUUUCAUGGAGACCAGUGCCAAGACAGGCCUCAACGUGGACUUAGCCUUCACAGCCAUAGCAAAGUAAGUUCUGGCAGUCACCCCCCAGACCCAGGGUCUGAAUCCCCUUGUUGGGGACACAGGCCACUCUGUUCCAUGGUCACCUCUGCCCCACAGGGAGUUGAAGCAGCGUUCUAUGAAGGCCCCCAGCGAGCCCCGCUUCCAGCUGCACGACUAUGUCAAGAGGGAGGGCCGCGUGUCCUCCUGCUGCAGACCCUGAACCUGGAUGAGAACAGCCACCAGGCAUUCUGCUGGGAGGCCCAGGUUCAGCCCAGCCACUGAAAGGCUGAUCUACAGGUCCCUCUGACUUGUCACCCAGCGGGUCAAUCCCAAGGUGUCUGUUUGCAGAACUCACAGGCUGAGCCUUGCCCUUCCCUUGUCCUGGAGGCAAUCUAUAGCUUUAGUCCUCACAAUGAGCUGCAGGGAGCCAGUGGGACUGCAUCCCUCCCUUCACCUGCUGUUGCCUGGGGGACUUCUGUACAGGAAGGGGAACCCCUGCAAUGUAGUCUGCAUAGGGUGCCUGGUCCCCUGCUUACUGUGGCGUUCUGCUGCCCCCUCCUGGAAUGCUCAGCUUUAAGACUAGGCAGCAGUGAUGGUACAGUACAGUACCUAACCCUAGAAAGUCAUGUCUUCAGCUGCACAUGCUGCCCAAGCAGGGAAUGGCAGGAGCAGAAGGCUUCACCAAGAAUCAUAUGUGUUUGUGCCAACUAGGACUGUGUGCUCCUAACCUACCCACCAGGAGGCUCUGGUGCAAUCAACAGGGUCUUCCUCAUGUUCCCUUGGAGGAUGCCAAGAUUGUGGCUUUGUAAUACAGGGAAUGGCAUAUGGUAAAUCACAGAAAUGUCAGGGAAACGAGAAUUGCCAGCCGUCACCUGCUGACCAGGGUACCACCUCGGCAGGCCAUCGUACUGGGAAUGGCUUGCCUACAGCUGAGGCCCGCGCUUGGCAAAGUCAAGCGGAGGAGGUUGGUAGUGUACUCCAUCUUGUAUUAAAAUAUUCAAGUCUUUUGAUUGAGAGCCUUUGUUCUUAGUCCUGGUGAAUAAAGCUGUUUUUCCGGAGUGCCUGUCUCAUCCAUUGAAAUUGCCUUUUAGAGCUCUCAACAAAGCCCAGACUUCACCACUAAGAGGGUGGCACUCCCUCAUAACCAAGAUGGCAAAGGAAGCACAGCAGGGCUGCCUAAAAUGCCAACAAAGGGGCACUCAGUGGCCAGUUAACCCUGUUAGCGAGGAAUUAAGAGUUUAUGACCUACCAUAAGGCAAAGGCACACACAAAAAAAUCUUUUAGCCUUACAGGCAAAAAUGGAG